UAAAUACUUUCUACUAUGAGGAUGGUAUGUGAACGAUAUAUAAUCUCAAAGAAAGAUUGAUCAAUUUCGACAAAGAUCCUCUGCAUUGUUUUUUAUUAUCUGGCACGACGAACUCGUGUGACAGAAUCAAGCGUAAAAUCUGAACGACGGGGCAUGAUUGACAUGCAUCAAUGUCCUUGUCUCUUGGAGUUGGGGCGCAAAUCAUUAAUGAAUUAAAUCAAAACGGUGGGAGGCAACAGCCCUCCGACUCUCCGGUCGCUCAAAUACUCAUUUCCUGCAUCAGACGGCAUAACGUUCCGAUCCACCGUAAAGUGUAGGAUAUUAAAGACGUCUCUCCAAAAAACUUGAGAAAACAUCGUCGAAAUUAUCGUUGUGUACGAGAUCGAAGUUUCCGAGAGAUUUAUCAAAAUAAUGGACAGUUGUGGCGACGGCAGUAACAAGCUCACGCUCGAGGAUGUGAGUGAAUUGAUCACCGAGGACGAACCCGACGUAGAGAUCAGUAGUUUAGACGAAGAACCGGGAUCGGGAAGAGGGGAUAACUAUACGUCGAUGCUGUAUCGGGUCCGGGCGAAGGGACGCAAGUUAUUGAAAAAUCAAGAAUGGAUUAAUUAUGAAUGCGCUAUUAUUUAUAAGAUUUUGCCUGAGUGCAAGAAGCACCGCGAGGCGUUCAAGAGCGAGUUGCUAUUCAGAAACGAAGUUGUGUUCUAUAAGCACGUAUGGCCUGUGUUGAACAGGCUACAAUUGAAUGGCAGAAAAGUGUUUAACGGGGUGCCAAAAAUAUACGCCGCUCGAGCUGAUCUAAUCGCUAUGGAAGAUUUGCGGGUAAGAGGCUUCAAGAUGGCAGAUAGACGGAAAGGGUUGGAAGUCGAAAACGUAAAGAACGUGCUGAAGGCUCUGGCUGGAUUUCACGCGCUCAGCAUAACAUUAAGGGAAUCCAGGCCAGAAGAGUUCGCAAAAUUAAUGAAUCCGGAACAUGAUCAAGGUAUACAAGAAACAUUAUUUCGACCAGAUAACGAGGAUUGGUAUCGACAAUAUUAUCGUGUGGCCGCGAAUAAUGCUAUUAAAAUGGUGUCUGAAGCAUUUCCCUCGCACAUGGAUCAUAAAAGAGAGGAGAUAAUGGCGAAGUUACAAGCUUUUUUACAUGAGGAUGUAUUUUUCCGCACUAUGAGCGAACUUGUCUCCGCACAAGGACCUCUCUCAGUUUUUUGUCACGGCGAUUGCUGGACUAAUAAUAUCCUUUUCCAAGAUAAACCAAAUUCAGAUGCAGAGGCCGUUUAUUUAGUUGAUUUUCAACUGACACGGGUUGGUUCCCUUGCUCUCGAUCUUGCAAACUUGUUAUACUGCUGUACGAGUGGCGUUGUCAGGCAGCCUUACAUGACACAGCUUCUUCAGCAUUAUCAUUCCCAUCUGAUGUCUUCCCUGCACGUCCUUAAUUCGGAGCAGCCGCCGAGAAAUCCAUCUGUCAUGUGGGAAUUAUUGAACGAAGAAAUGCGAAGGUGUGGACGAUUCGGAUUGGGAUUGGCGUUGGACAUUCUACCGAUUAGCACAUGCGCCAGUCAUGAAGCGCCGAACUUGUACGAAACGAGCAGUGCGGAAACUAGUGAGGACAAACACAGCACCGCAGGAGCACCGCCACCCGGGGGUGCUGAGUGUGCUCGGCUCAUGACUGACUUAGUGUUGGAAUUGAUUGAGAACGAGGCCUUGUAACUUGGACAUUGCAUCAUAAUAACGGUGUAUGUAAUAACAUGUACGACGUAUAUCACACGUGUAUGCAUCUUAUAUUAUUUUUAUAACUCUUAUAAUACACAUUAUCGAGAGAAAAGAUUGGUACAACAUAUAAAAUUUAUUUUGAAAGAGACUUUUGUUUCUUUGUACAUGUGUGUAUACGCAACGUACAAAGAAAAAUAAUAUUUCCUAUAUGUAAUUUAACAUAUACCUACAUACUCGUAUAUAAGAAAUAAAAAAUAUGGAGGAGCUUUUAAGAAA